AGGCUGGAGGAGGAGAAGGCCGGGUGAAGCUGCGCCUCUUUCUUCAUACAUAUUUCCACGCAGACUCGGGGCCGCCGGAGACUGUGAGCCUCAGACAAUUGCCUCCUCCCAGCGCCUGCAUCAGUGCUGCCGAAGAUGGCACCGCAACUUCUGGGAGCCGCCUGGAUCCUGCUCCAUGUCAUGGCACCUCUGGUGUCAGCAGGUGUAGACUGCCUUUGGUAUCAGGAUCACAGUGGCGGUUGGCAUCCUAGCCUUGAUUGUAAAUAUGGCACUUUUUGCUGCGGAGACUGUUACCAGAGAUAUUGCUGCUUUGAGCCUAGUAAGCUAAUCACUGAGAGGAUGCAGAAAGCCUGUCUUUCUUUAAGCCCGAAGACCAUUGCAGGCAUUGGAUUUUCUGUGCUACUCUUCUUUGUGGUAAUUGUCACAUUGGUUUGCUGCUUUAUGUGCUCUUGUUGUUACUUAUAUCAGCGGCGCCACCAGCGUUCAACCCCAUACCGAGCUCAAGAAAUCCAGAUGUCGGGUGUUUCCCAGCAACCUCUCUAUCCCAUGCAACCUCCAUACAAUAACCAGCCUCCAUACCCAACCCAGCCACCAUACGAAACCCAACCUCCAUACCAAACCCAACCUCCAUACCAAACCCAGCCUCCAUACCAAACCCAGCCUCCAUACCAAACCCAGCCUCCAUAUCCAACCCAGCUUCCAUAUCCCACACAACCCUAUCCAAUGGAUCCAAAGUUUUCACCACCUCAGCCUGGAUAUGAUCUCCAUUAUAUCUGGCUUAGAAUAGCUUCUCAAGAAAUCCAGAUGUCGGGUGUUUCCCAGCAACCUCUCUAUCCCAUGCAACCUCCAUACAAUAACCAGCCUCCAUACCCAACCCAGCCACCAUACGAAACCCACCCUCCAUCCCAAACCCAACCUCCAUACCAACCCCAGCCUCCAUACCAAACCCAGCCUCCAUACCAAACCCAGCCUCCAUAUCCAACCCAGCUUCCAUAUCCCACACAACCCUAUCCAAUGGAUCCAAAGUUUUCACCACCUCAGCCUGGAUAUGAACCUGUGGCUAUGUACCCACCAAGUGAACCAACAUCCCAGUAUCCUGUAUAUUCCCCAGCACCUCCAAUGUACAAUCCAAAUGCUCCAGCUCUGAACACAAUGUAUCCUGGUCAGUGACAACAAGAGCAUGGGAAUAGUAUUACAUUGUCUUGACUUGUUUUGCUCUAUUGAUUGUGGAUUUUUCGGAGCAACAUCCUCUAUUACAUACUGUGUGAAUUUCAGCAUUUCAUCACUCCACCAUGACAGAGACUUUCUUGGUACAACUGAUUCACGUAGUCACGCCACAGGAAUGAAGGAUUCUUUAUGCACAUUGUCAUUUGCAAGGCUGCAGAAAUACUCAUUAUUGGGUUGAGCUGCAUGGUUAUAUUCACUAAUGUUAUUGGAACACAUUUUACUAAUGUCUGUUGUGGAUAUAAUAAUGAUACAGGCUCCAUUCUUUUCCGACUUAAAGUGAAUUUGUACUAACCUUUUGUGUAUGUAAACUGCAGCAGGAUGUUACACCAGGCACUCAAAGAUACCAACAUGCUUCAAUAAUCCUUUGGACUGAUUCACACCAUAUGCAUUUUCCAGCGCAGCCUCAA